AAUAGAAGUUAAUAAAUGAACAGAAAAUUUCGACUUACCUCCCGCGGUUCCUUUCUGUAAAAUUGCGUGACCUGAAGGAAGAAAAAUGGGGAAACCGCCGGUUUCGCCGGAGAAUCAGCCACCUUUUCACCGGAGCGACGCCGACGACGACGAUGAGAACGUGAGGCAGCUCAACGAAUGCUCAUCCUUAUACUUAUCCUUGCAGGAAUGUCUGAUCAAAACUGAUAGGAACUGGAAAGCUUGCCAGGCUGAAGUUCAAGCUUUGAAGUCCUGCAAUGAGAGGAGGAGAAAGAGUAGCCAAGGCAAGUGAAAUUCUAGAAAGGAGUAGUGUACUAGUUUAUGAUAUCUAAGGUUUUGGCUUUAUUUGAUUCACAGUUUUGUUGUCUUAACGUAUACUGUCUCAGAGAUCUGAGAAUUUGACUCAUCAAACAACAUUUGAAGUGAGAAAAUGGAUAGAAAUUAUAAAUGAUUUUCAGGGUCUCUUUGACCAA